CAAAAUUAUAAUUAAACCUAAAAAAAAUAAAAAAAUAAAAGAGAACUAGACAAAAUAAAAGAUAAAAAUAUUGUUGGAAAAAAUGGCGAAGAAAGUAGAGAGAUGAUGGAUAGUGGAAAUGGAAACCGUGGUGGUGGAUCUUCUUUUUCUGAAUCACGGCGCCACAAAUUCCCUUUCAACGCUGCUGCUACCCAUCAAUCCAAAGUUUCUACUUUUUCUCAAAGGGUCACUCCUCCUCCUACAACUGGUAUCAAUAGUAAUGCAUCUACCUCUCAUUCCAAAGAUGAUCAUGAUCCACAAGGAUCUUCCAAUUUUGGGGUUUUACUUGGAACUUGUUCUUAUAUGUGCCCAGAAAGAGAGAGGAUCCAGCGUGAAAAACUUCGAGAUUUGGCAGUUUUUGAGAGGCUAAAUGGUAAUCCUGCAAAAUCAUCCCAAGAUCUUGCCGUCAAGAAGUUUUGCAGAACUAUAUCCAUCAAAGAUGUUCAAGCAUCUGAUAUGCGGCCUCUUAAUGUAUUAGAAGAUACUUUAAAUUACCUUUUGGGCUUCGUGGAUUCCAAGGAGCAUCCAUUCGAAGUAGUUCAUGACUUCAUCUUUGAUAGGACAAGGUCUAUACGUCAAGAUCUUACUAUGCAAAAUAUUGUAAACAAGAAAGCAAUCUACAUGUAUGAAGGAAUGGUGAAAUUUCAUGUUAUAUCACAUCACAAGCUCUGGUGUUCUAUGGGUGAUCCAAACAUUGCAUCAAUGCAUUAUCUCAACAUGGAGCAACUCACAAAGACAUUGUCUUCUUUAUUCAAUCUGUAUGAAGCAAAUCGAAAUUCAAAUGAUGUACAUGAGAAUGAAGCUGAGUUUCAUUCAUUAUAUGUGCUUCUAAAUCUUGGUUCUCACAGCAAACCAAUGGGAGAACCACUUUCUUUAUGGUUUAGUCAUGUAUCAACUCCAAUAUUGAAGUCAAAAGAAAUGUGUUUUGCUAGGAGAAUCGUACGUUCGUUUCGACUGGGUAAUUAUAUAAAUUUCUUUCGAACUGUAGCAGCUGAUGCAUCAUAUCUGCAGUACUGCAUUAUGGAGCCUUAUAUCAAUGAAGUUCGUUCACUGGCUUUAUCUUACAUAAAUUUUGGUGGCUACAAACUUCAUCCGUAUCCUCUGUUCAACCUCUCAAAACACUUGAUGAUAGAGGAAACAGAUUUGGAAUCCCUUUGCCAUUCUUGCGGUCUUGAGACAUAUACCGAUGAAUUCGGAAAUAAGUUACUUCACACAAAGCAAACUAGCUUCAUUCACCCCAAAGGCGGGUUCAAGAAAUAUAGUUUUUUGGGUUUGCAAGAUUAUGACAGAUAGUUUUAGGGACGAUACUUUCCUCAUCCCCAACAUCAGUCGAUGUAUGCAUCCCGAGCAAUACUAUGAGAUUGGAACAAGCAAGAUCAAUGGAUUGUUGCAACUAAUUUCAUCACUUUUCCUAAGUAUGGAAUCUCUAUGUGAUGCUAUAAGGAAACAUGGGAACAUAUUGUGUACUAUAAGCUGAUCUUGUUGCACAUUUGUACUUGUAAAUGUACAUUUGAGUUUGUACUUAGAAUGUUACUAAUGUAUUAGGUGUUUUAUUCUAUUUGUAAACAUGAAUAAUAUUGUAAGGUUUGUUGUAGACACUUAUAAAUGAAAUUUUUCAUUAUUAGACCAAAA